AUGGGUUGUCGUCAAUCUAAAGCUGAUUCUGUAAUAGGCUCCACUGCUGUCUCCUCACAGCGAGAUACAGGUUUGAGUAUGCGUGACGACUUGACCUCAGACCUCAUUCAGCACAUGUAUGUCGACGACAUUAAUGAGUACUUUGACUUUAGCAUCACAAUUGGCACGGGCCACUUUGGCUGCGUCAAACAUGCUGUAAGCAAAAAGUCUGGUAAAGACUGGGCCGUGAAAAUUGUCGCUCUUAGUAACGAGGUGGACCGAAACGCACUGCGCAAUGAGAUUAAUAUUCUCAAACGGCUGCAUCAUCCUCAAAUUGUUCGUGUCAUUGCUUCGUAUGAAGAUAAGGAACAUAUGUACAUGGUCAUGCAGCUUUGUAAGGGAAAAGAAUUGUACGAGCAUUUGUACCAAGGAAAUCGCACAAUUUCAGAAAAUGACGUGCGAAAGAUUAUUCGUGCAUUGUUACGAGCGUUGGCGUUCUUGCACUCAAAUUUUAUCACGCAUCGCGACUUAAAGCUUGAAAAUUUGUUGCUUGAAAAUGCUGAUAAUCCGGGAUCGCUUCGUUUGUGCGAUUUUGGUUUGAGUGCACGUUUCAAGCGAGGCGAGAAGCUUGAAAAGCCAAUGGGUACAAUUGAUUAUGUCGCUCCGGAGGUGCUGGAUGGAAAUUACAACGAAAAGUGUGAUCUAUGGAGUGUUGGCGUCAUAUGCUAUGAGCUUUUGACGGGAGUGUCUCCAUUUCACGGAGCAACGGUUGACGAAACAAUGGGCAAAAUAUAUGAUGGUGUGCUUGUGUUUGAGAAUGACGUCUGGUCAAAAUUUUCGGCCUCUUCAAUUCUUUUUGUUAAGUCGUUGGUGAAGGAGAAUGUCGACCAGCGUCUUUCAGCUGAGCAGGCGCUGAGCCACAAAUGGCUCCAUGAAGGAGAUAUGGGAAGUGCGGACGGAUUGGGUGCUGCUCGACUUCAGAGUAACAAGUGCAUGUUACUGUCAAACAUGUUAAACUUUAGUCAAUGUCGAAAAUUAAAGCAAACGGCAUUGCUUUCGGUAGCUCUUGGAAUUUCAGAGGAUCACAUUCAACAGGAAAUGGCUGCUGAAGUCUUUCACUCAAUCGACAGUAGGAAAAAAGGGUCAUUGUCACGUGAUGAGUUUUGUACUGCUUUGGUCGAAUGUGGAGUGUCUUAUGCUGAUGCAGGUGACCUGUUCACGCGAAUAAAUCAGUCGAAAAGUGGUCACAUCAACUAUUUAGAAUUCUUGGCGGCUGUCAUGGACCAGCGCGACAUUGGACAAAGCACAAUUCGCGAGGCAUUUGGAAUUCUUGACGGUGAAAAACAGGGCCGUCUGUCACUUGUGGGGUUGCAAGAUUUGUUUAAACAUUCGAUGGUCGCCGAGGAGGUUAAGGAAAUGAUUGCGUCUGUCGAUACCAACGGCGAUGGAUACGUCGAUUUUGAGGCAUUUCAGGGUCUUUUCACAGCAUCACUGCCCAAUGUUGCAGAAGACGAUGCGCCUACGACUACCAGUACCGUGUUUGGCGAUGCUGGCAGUCCCGAGAAAUUGAUGGUAACGGCGACUGAAAGUACUGCGGAUAGUGCGAUUGAUACAUUAACUCCGUUUUCAACAUCAAGCUCGGUUGGCAACACAUCUACGUCCGAAAUCGCAGUUGAGAUUGAAAACGUCAAGACAGCAUUCACGAACCAGAACGACGUUAAUGUCGUAUUAGUAAAGAUCUAA